AUGUCGGAGACCGCGAGCGUCCCGGAGAAUCGCAUCCUCCAGUACCUCCAAGAUUUGACCUCGGCCAAGAAGGGUCUUCCUUUUGGGCAGCCUGUCGCUGUGCUUGCUUCGGACACGGUGACCACCACCGAGGCCCUGGUCAAAUUAGCCUGUGAGCUUGGCCCACACAUCGCAGUCCUCCAGGUGCAUGCGGACAUCAUCGACGAUUGGUCUGAUGACACGAUCGAGCAAUUGACAUAUUACGCCAAGAAACAUGGAUUCAUACUAUGGGAAGGCAGUCGCGUGUUGAAUUGCACCGUAAAUUUCAUGGGCCGAGGCAGCGCCGACUUCAAGACCCGAAUGGCCGCAGCAGAUUUUACGAAGCGAAAAUACACACAUGGAACCGUCAAGGUCGCCCAAUGGUCAAAUCUUGCUACUUCAUGGGCUCCUGGUGUGCCUCUGAAUGAACAGGAGAUGGAUCUGCUGAUUCCCACGCUGCGCAAGGCCGCUCGAGAGGCUGUCGCGACCACAGUGAAAACUAUUGAAACUGAGAUCUCGGCGACAAAUGGAGAGGAGCCCCACUACGACGUCGAAACGCCUCUCUCUGCCCCAAGUACUAAUGGGUGGCUCGAGUUUAGUUCCGAUAAUUUUGGUUCUGCUCUACGAAAAUCAUCGACCAUCUCUGUGACGGAAUCGGUCACCCUGCAGCCCCACGUCGAGCCCGACGAGGGCAUCCCUCCACCACCUCUGCUAUCACGAGGACUCGCUCUCUGCUUGCCAAGCGCUAUCGACUCCGCCUUCACUUCCGAGUUUCGUCAGAGCACAGUCAUGGCAGCCUGUGCAAAUCAUGACUUUGUGGUCGGAUUCCAUACCUGUGAGCCAUUGUUCACAAGUUACACUCGGGAUUACCUGUUUGAUCUGGCCUUCCAAGAUAGCCUCGGUCAUUCUCCUCAAAUGGGCCGAGACAUUCUCGAGUCGAUUCCAUAUCUUGAAAACAAGCAUCUGUUCGCCUUGUUCUCACUGGUUCCAAUGGAGCUUCUGGCAAGCUUUGAGACCGACCCGAUGCGCAGUUUAAAUAGCGGGAUUUCGGCGGAAAGUGAGACGCCCAAGAGCGUGGCCCAAUUGUUUCAUGUGAUCGACCAAGCCUUGAAAGUGCGCAAUGCCCAUCGCAAGGAGCAAUCUGGGAGUCCUCCUCAGGACUCGCUGAUCUCAGUUGGUCCACGGCUUUUCCAUGUCCCGCUCGUCAUUCUCCCCUGA